CUCAGUCUGCAGCCGCCGUCCGUUGGUCUCGGUUGCUGUGCGCGUUGUGGAGCGGAAGUGUCGAGAGUCGCCGGCGAAAGCGGGCCAGAAAGCCCAGCUUCUAUAGCCAUAUAGCCAUAGAGCAUAGCCGUAUAGACGGCCGAUCCCGAAGCCCAGCAGCAGUCCGUUGAACCUCCGAAUGGAGGAGUAGCGCACCACGCGACACACAGGCGCCAGCGAGAAUUAAACUAAAGGUGGCAGCCAAGCCAAGCCACAGCAAAAACGUGCAACAAAUAAACAGAAACAGAAAAAGAACCUAAGGCAAUUGUAUUUUUACCGCAAGACACACAACAUGUGUGUAUGAGUGUGUGUGUGUGAGGGCGGAAGUCGUUCCACCGCCAUUGUUGAAAAGCCCCAGAAAGGAGAGGCAAGGAAAACAAACCGUGGCCGGAAACCGGAAGUGUGUUAUUAGUGGCGCCUCACAUUUAUUUACUCGAAUUGAAAUGCACUCCACACUUUGUGAAGUAGUUACAAAGUGAAGUAAAGUAACAAAAGCACGAGAAAAUCAUAUUAAUUAAAAUUUAUGCCAAAGUUUAAUUAGCGUGUGUGUGCGUCUCCGUGUCCGUGUCCGUGUGUUUGUGCUGUGUCUGUGCCAAAGUUUUAAUUGAAGAAAACUUAUCGCCGCAUAAAUGUUCGUUGCGCUAUGCUAAUUGAAAUAUAACGCAACUGUUGCAAGGGGAGAGCGAAAGAGGACGCGGAUUACAAAGGGAAUAAAGGACUAAAGGACUAAAGGAAUAAAGGAAUCAAAGGACGAGGAGCGACUUGACAAGCCACAGACUGUUGAGGAAGGUGCGAUUCAGGAGCGUCGUUUCUUUGGCAUCCUCCGCUCGCCGAGAAGGAAGGACGCUACCACAACCUCACCCACCUAUCGUCAGAAUGGCGACAACGUGUCUAUCACCACUGCCCCACCUGCGGUUGGACUGCCUCUGGGCUACCAGGAAGCUGGGACUAUAGAGCUGCAGGCCCAGGAGAACGACUACGUGCUUGAGGAGUCCGCCCUGCGAGUGCCACUCGCCCCGCCGCCCAAUUACACUCCUCAUCCUUUGACCCCGCCGCCCAGCUACACGGAGAGACCAAGAUCAGUCCAGGAACACAGAUCCCACUUGGCUGAUGCCGUGCAUCCACCUGCCCCAGCACGUGUUGUAGUAGUUCCGCCACCGGCAGCAGCUACAGCAGCCAGCGAACUUGCAGCACGUCAACAAGCCAGGAGGAGACGGCGACUCCGGGAGCUUCAGCAGCAGCAGCUGCGAUUCGCCUCCAGCACAGAUAGCUCCAGUAGCUCCGGAUCCAGUUGCUCGGAGUUGGGGAGCGGCAGUGCCACCCGAAGGCAGCGUCGACGCAGGCGGGGAUUAAGGGAUGCCUAUUGCCCGGAUCUCCUGAACGCGUGCUCCCUGAUCCUCCAGCAGCCCGGCAGCAGCGACAGUUCCGUGGGUAACUUCACGGCCACGCCCCCGCCCCCGCCCCCGGUGCGAGCACCUGGCCAGCGGGACCAGGAGGAGAGCUUCGAGUACAGCUCCGACUAUGUGGAGAUUGACGAGCUGCUGCCACUAGUCGCCGGCGGCAGAGCGAAGAGCACUCCGCAGCUGGCGAUGGGUCAGAACCUGAGCCUUCGACGGCCGCGCAUCUCAUUGACCUGGGUGCUCCGAGAGCAGCAGCAGACGCAGCAGGCUCCGCCAUCGCAGACGCCCCCUUCCCCGCAGAAGGAGGCGCCAAAGGAGUCGGACAGCCAGGUGUUGGAUCGCAAGGAGAACGAGAUCUUCUCGCCCAGAACAGAGCCCGUGCCCACUCAGCUGGAUGUCACCAAGAAGCGGUACCGGGUUAAGCAGCUACCAAGUGGUGGUGAGCCGCUCAAUGGCUAUGCCACCACGCCCACCGCCCACCAGGCUCCGCCCAACGGCCACCUGGCCAACCAGAAGUUUUUCAGCAACCAGAACCUGCUGGACGUGUCACGGAGCGGUCCCAGCAGUGCUCCAGUGGCCGCCGCCUCCACCAAAGAGCUGCUCUUCGUGUGCACACCCCAGCGGGGGCCCAGGAGCGAUGGUCACAGCGAAGCCCUGCUCCUGGCCAGAAAGCGGAACGAGAUCCGCAAGAAGCUGGCCUCGCGCCUGCAGCAGGCGAGAUCCAGUGCCUCUCAGGCGGGAGAGGCCAGGGGAUCGGUCACGGGCGCGGAGUCUGUGAAGUGCACCUCCUACUCGGAGCCAAGUUUGGUGGCUGCCUCGGAGGGCGGCGGAGUGGGGGGAUCGAGUGGAGGAGCAGUUGCCCCACAGCAGCAGCGGCGACAUAGGCAUCGCAAGCGGCGGGAUCGCAAUCGUGUGCAGAGAUUCGGCUACGAGAUUCACAACGUGGACGAAUUUCUCUCCCGCUGCUCGCUGGCCACGCCCGGCAAUAUUCCCGUGGUACUGGCCACAGCCAGCACCCUAUACCAAACGAGACCAGGUGGCUACCAACUGGAGAUCCCUCUGCCCCUGGGCAUGGUGGUGAAUGCGGUGUUCAAGAACCAGAACUGGCUGUAUGUGCAAACGCCCCACGCGGAGGAGGGCUAUGUGGGCUAUGCCUGCUGCCUGCCCCUGGGGAUUCUGCCCCAGCAGGCGAGAGCGGGCUCCCGAGGCACCCCCUGCUGGGAGUCCAAUGCGGAUGUCUUCCCCCGCCCAUGUGGCAACAUGACGGACUCGGAGAAGGAGAUCCGCCUGCGUGGCGGCACCCGAUCCGAUGGCGCACGCACUCCACGCAACUCAAAGCCCACCGAGGAUGUCCUUAAGAUAAGCACCACCACCAUCAACAACAACAACAGCCACAGCAACAACAAUAACCAAACGAAGUGUGGGAGCACAACCAGCUCCUUGUACGGAGAACAGCAGGUGGACAAGCUGUAUCUGAGGGCAGCAUCCAAGCCGCGCCUGGUGGAGAAGGCCUACGCCCAGUUGCGCUCCACUCGCCAUGUGGGUGCAUCUGGAUCGGCUUCGGCCAAGAGCGGCGCUUCUCAGGAUGAGUACGUGACCCUUCAGCCGAAGCCCGCCAAGAAGCAGCCGAGUGCCCAGCAAGCACAUAUGCACCAGUCGCAGCCAGCGGCGAGACGGCUCUCCAACGUGUCCUACAUCACAAACGGCCACAAUGGCCAGCAUCUGCAUCCGAAGCUGGUGCCCCUGCCACCCUACGAGCACAAGCCGGCCAAGAACCAGGCGGAAGCGGACGCCUCCUUAAAGGCGCUGCGGCGCCAGCAGGAGGUGGGCCAGCGGCAAACUCUAGUCGCCAUCAAUACGGACUACAUCACGGAGAGCAUCGCGGUGCACAAGGGCGAGAUCGUCACGCUGUGCGAGUGCCGCGAGUCCAAGGAUCAGCGCCAGUGGUUCUACGUGCGGACGCGGGACGGACGCGAGGGCUUCAUUCCGGCCGAGGUGGCUGGCCAUGGCUACCUGUAGACCUCCACCUCCACCGCCCAGUAUGGGCCGUUUUGGGUCAUAUAAAAGGGAUUAGGAAGCUUAAUGUAAACUCGUAUUACCUAUCCUGUAUUUGCUAUAUCUAGAUAAUCUUGACCGUUAAGAUUUUCUUAUGAUUAUUUGUUGAACAAUUUAACUUUAUACAAUUUCUAUCAAUAUUUAGACUUUUUCCAUUACAAAUUGAACCGAACCACCAUAAUUUGUCCAAAGAGCACCUUCUCCCUUUUAAGAUGCCCAAAAGGAACCAACCUACCCAACCUACCUUCCCACCCAAAAACAAGUCAAGUUAUACAUUUAAAUCAAUUAACUUAAUACCCAUCUUAAGCACUCAUAGGCCACUAUUCCAAUCGCGAUCCUUAGUACGCUUCUAGUUGUAAACUGUACUCGUAUCGGUGUCCGUAAUUGAAUACUUGUAUCUGUGUAUGUGUAUGUGCGUGAGUGGGGAUCCUUCGCAGGAUCUUGUAUUUAUCUAGCCUAGCAUUACGAGUAGUCUAUGUAAUAGAAACUUGCUUAAAGGAAAUCAAAGAGGAAAGCGCAGACGGAAACUAUUUAUAUGAUUACUGUACUUGAUGCUUCAACUAAAUAACAUUAACAGACAUUUCAAUAAAUAACU